UUGUUGUGGGUUCCGUCAAGGUCCAUCUCAGCCAAAACUGUAUAAAGGCGACGAGUUUUUGCAUCUUUAUACUGUUGACAGAACGGCGGAGCUGACGCGCGGGACUAUUAGUUCAAAUCAAAUUUAUACGUCAUCAUGCAUUUUUCGGUUGGUGUUGCUAUUUUGCUCAUCUGCUCGACCCUACUAGAGGCCGUGCCAACGCCUCAAAUCAAAAGCAUUCCGAAGCAACCGUGGAGACCCAAGGCCAUUCGUGAAAAGGAAGCAGCUGCCAGGGCAGCCGAAGAAGUCGCUAGAGCAGCUGAGGAGGCCGCCAGAGUAUCGGCAGAAGGGACCACCGAAGUAGCCGAGGACGUCACCGAGAUUUUACAAGGGGCCGCAUUAAAUGAAAUUAUGGAAGAUACGACAUUAUUAGCGGAAACCUUCUCCGAUAAUAAUGAAAACGAUUCUUCAACCGUGACCGAAGAGCCAUCUGAUAUCAAUGCUAUUGUUUCUACUACUACAACUACGCAAAAGAACAUCGUAGAAAACUCGCCAUUACCUACUGGUGAAAAAAAAACUGCCCGAAAAUUAGUUUUAUCCGCUGGCGGAAAGCCUGAAGUCACAACACAGAAAACAGCGGCUCAGAUUACCAGCGUUGAUGGAGAUGAAACCGUUUGCAGAUUGUCGUUGCGAGGAAAGCCCUGCGCUUGUCGUUUCGAGAAGACCUGUCGCUGUGAUUGCGGAAGGAUCACAGCAAUGAAACAGGACUCGGCUGGUAACCCAGGAAAAUCCAGCAGAAUAAGAAGCCUUAGAAUUCGAUUUUCAAAAUUGAAUAAACCUUCAACUUUCUAAUUAUUUUAUAAAAAUCUUUUUACCUUUAAAAUUGUGUUUUUGUUGUAUGUUAAACAGUUGGUGUUCUGACGGGCACAGAAUUUCUUUUCUCCAGUUUCUUAUUACAUUUGAUUCGCCAUCUUGUAUACCCCGCGGUUUGAAUUUCUGAUGUAAACAAAAAAUUGAUUCUAUCUGUGUGAUUAUAGUGCACUUUAAAAAGGAUGGAAUAAAGAUGGAAAAAGAAAUGGCCUUGGUGAGUGAA